AUGGCUAAAUUAACAUUUAAUACUAAAAGACAUCGCGGCCGGGACACCGGGUUGGCCUGUGGCGCGUUCCCCUUCUCGCUGCUCGGCUGCCUGGCGUUACUGCUGCUGCCGUCACGCGCCGCCGCCGAGUUCAGCCCCUCCCUCGACAGCGACUUCACGUUCACGCUGCCCGCCGGCCGCCGCGAGUGCUUCUACCAGCCCAUGCGCAAGGAGGCCUCGCUGGAGCUCGAGUACCAGGUUUUAGAUGGAGCAGGAUUAGACAUUGAUUUUCAUCUAAUGUCUCCGAAAGGAGAAACUCUAGUUUUUGAUCAAAGAAAAUCAGAUGGAGUUCAUACCGUGGAAACAGAAGAUGGUGAUUACAUGUUCUGCUUUGACAACACAUUCAGUACUAUUUCUGAGAAGGUCAUUUUCUUUGAACUGAUCCUGGACAACAUGGGAGAAGAAGGAGAAAAAGAUCAAGAGGACUGGAAGAAGUUUGUUACAGGCACAGAUCUCCUGGAUAUGAAACUGGAAGACAUUCUAGAAUCCAUCAACAGUGUCAAAGCUAGACUAAGCAAAAGUGUCCAGAUUCAGAACCUGCUCAGAGCAUUUGAAGCUCGUGACCGAAACAUACAAGAGAGCAACUUUGACAGAGUGAAUUUCUGGUCUAUGGUCAACUUGGGAGUAAUGGUGGUGGUAUCAGCUGUUCAGGUUUACAUGUUGAAAAGUCUCUUUGAAGAUAAAAGGAAAAGUAGAACUUAAGUCUGUAUGGUCAUAAAGAUAUACAGGUGGGGGAAAGCAAUAAACUGCAACAGGAAAGAAACAAAAGAAAAAUGUGACCUUUCAGAGUCUUUUGAACAGCAGAAGACACAUCCAUGUUCUAAGUCAGGGGGGGCUUUUUAACUUGAACAGAAGGUCUUGCUCCAAGCUCUUCCAUCUUUGCAAGUGCUAUUAAACACUUACUUGUUUUUCAUGCUUGUAGCACUUGUUAUUCAUAAUGACUAGCUUAUGC